CCCCUCUGGGAUCCUACAAUUCUUCCCUCUCUUUAACAGGGUUCCCUGAGCUCCUCCUAAUGCUUGGCUGCGGGUCUCUGUGUCUGUUUUCAUCAGUCAGUAGCUGGAUGAACCUCUCUGAUGACAACUGGGCUAGGCACCGAUCUGUAGGGUGUGGGGGCCAGAGGACAACUUUCAGGAGUCCGUUCACCAUGUGGGAUCUGGAGCUUGAUCUCGGGUCAUCAGGCCUGUGCAAACAUCUCUCCCUGCUGCUGAGCCAUCUCUCCAGCCCCCGUUCCUCCAUGGUCGAAGGCCUGCAGGUCACAGUGCCCGACAAGAAGAAGGUGGCCAUGCUCUUCCAGCCCACCGUUCUCCGCUGCCACUUCUCCACAUCCUCCCAUCAGCCUGCAGUGGUGCAGUGGAAGUUCAAGUCCUACUGCCAGGACCGCAUGGGGGAAUCCUUGGGCAUGUCCUCUCCCAGGGCCCAAGCUCUCAGCAAGAGGAACCUGGAAUGGGACCCCUACCUGGACUGUCUAGACAGCAGGAGGACCGUUCGAGUGGUAGCUUCAAAGCAGGGCUCGACCGUUACCCUGGGAGAUUUCUACAGGGGCAGAGAGAUCACCAUAGUUCAUGAUGCAGAUCUUCAGAUCGGAAAGCUCAUGUGGGGAGACAGCGGACUCUAUUACUGCAUCAUCACCACCCCGGAUGACCUGGAAGGCAAGAAUGAGGAUUCCGUGGAACUGCUGGUGUUGGGCAGGACAGGGCUGCUUGCUGAUCUCUUGCCCAGUUUUGCUGUGGAGAUCAUGCCAGAGUGGGUGUUUGUCGGCCUGGUGAUCCUGGGGAUCUUCCUCUUCUUCGUGCUGGUGGGGAUCUGCUGGUGCCAAUGCUGCCCUCACAGCUGCUGCUGCUAUGUCCGCUGCCCAUGCUGCCCGGAUACCUGCUGCUGCCCUCAGGCCUUGUAUGAAGCAGGGAAAGCAGCCAAGGCCGGGUACCCUCCCUCUGUCUCCGGUGUCCCAGGCCCCUACUCCAUCCCCUCUGUCCCUUUGGGAGGAGCCCCCUCUUCUGGCAUGCUGAUGGACAAGCCGCAUCCACCUCCCUUGGCACCAAGUGACUCCACUGGAGGAAGCCACAGUGUUCGCAAAGGUUACCGGAUCCAAGCCGACAAAGAGAGAGACUCCAUGAAGGUCCUGUACUAUGUCGAGAAGGAGCUGGCUCAGUUCGAUCCAGCCAGAAGGAUGAGAGGCAGAUAUAACAACACCAUCUCAGAACUCAGCUCCUUGCAUGAUGAUGACAACAAUUUCCGCCAGUCCUUCCACCAGAUGAGGAGCAAGCAGUUCCCUUUGUCUGGGGACUUGGAGAGCAACCCGGACUACUGGUCAGGUGUCAUGGGAGGCAACAGUGGGAACAGCCGGGGGCCAGCCCUGGAGUAUAACAAAGAGGACCGCGAGAGCUUCAGACACAGCCAGCCGCGCUCCAAAUCCGAGAUGCUGUCGCGGAAGAACUUUGCCACGGGCGUGCCGGCCGUGUCGAUGGACGAGCUGGCGGCCUUCGCAGACUCCUACGGCCAGCGGUCGCGCCGCGCCAACGGCAACAGCCACGAGGCGCGGACCGGGAGCCGCUUCGAGCGCUCGGAGUCGCGGGCGCACGGCGGCACCUUCUACCAGGACGGCUCGCUGGACGAGUACUACGGGCGCGGGCGCAGCCGCGAGCCGCCGCCGGGAGACGGGGACCGCGGCUGGGCUUACAGUCCCCCGCGUCGCCGGCCGCCCGAGGAGGCUCCGCUACCGCGCCUGGUGAGCCGGACCCCGGGCACCGCGCCCAAGUACGACCACUCGUACCUGAGCAGCGUGCUGGAGCGCCAGGGGCGAGCCGAGAGCACCAGCCGGGGUGGCAGCCUGGAGACGCCGUCCAAGCUGGGUGCGCAGCUCGGCCCGCGCAGCGCCUCCUACUACGCCUGGUCGCCGCCCGCCACUUACAAGGCCGGGGCCAGCGAGGGCGAAGAUGAGGAUGAGGCGGCGGAUGAGGACGCGCUGCCACCCUACAGCGAGCUGGAGCUGAGCAGGGCCCCGUCCUACCGCGGCCGCGACCUGCCCUUCCACAGCAACUCGGAGAAGAGGAGGAAAAAGGAGCCCGCCAAGAAAACUAGUGACUUUCCAACCAGAAUGUCCCUUGUGGUCUGACCGUUUCAAGACACAACUCCGGAUCACUAGAGAUCAGAUGCAGACUACGAGAUGAGACACAAAUCUGAGAGCCAGCAAACCUAGGACCUUCUCUGGCCAGCAGCCACCUUGGAAGAUUUGCUGAUCUCUGCUUUGGCUACGGACAGGAGGCAUCCUUUAAGGAGGCUGAUUUCAAACCCUGGUGCCCAAUCUAUCUUGAGAAACUUACCAAGAAGACAACGAUGUGUGAGAACCACAUAAUAACCCACAGGGUCUAUCUUGCCCCACCCACAUUUCCUUAGCGGAAUCUGUGUCCAGUUCUGAAACAGGUAGCUUUGGACCCCUGACCUCUAGAAAUUACCUAUGCUUGCGGUAUGUUUUUCUACAAGUGCUGUUCUGUGCUUAGAGACAGAAGAAUUUAUUACUACCAUCAGAAGACCUUCCGCUCACAAGAGAGAUAACUUCGAGGUAAAAUGUACCUUUUAUCCCCAUCACUUGCAGUCAUUGGUCAACGAGUCUUGUUAUGCUAAAAUCAGAAGGCCCUUGUUGAGCUUAAUGGCAGUGACCUCCGGGGCAAUCACAGAAAUGGUUUCAAUUUGCUGCUGUGACUCACAGUUCUUAAGUGGCUGGGCAAACAGGAUAGCUUUUUGAAAAGCUGCCCAAGUGGUCUUUCUCUGUCCAUUCGGGGGAUGUAAGCUGCGUCUCGUCUUUCUGUUGAGUGGAGCGACAUCUGAGCCUUGAACUCCUACGUCUCUCUCCUCUCCUCUCCUCUCCUGAACUUUUCAGGGAGGGGCUGGCACGUCUGAGGGUGUCCCACUCCUCUCUGCGGUGGGACUAACUUGUCAUCAGGUGCCUUUGACAGAUGUUCAGAACACUCACGUGAAAGAGGACGAGAAAAAGGAGAAAGCAGUGGUAGAAGAGGAGGAAUGGGGAAGAAUUUAGGAGGAAAAUAAUAUGCCGUCUCAUUGGAUCUUGAAUGUGGGUUGUUUUCCCACAAACACACUCAGAUUUUUUUUUUAUUGGAUCUGUACUUCAUUUAAGGAUUUUUUCUACCAUCCCGAUUCUGCCACUGCAGGGCACCAGGGAUGUGGUGUCCACCCCUCUUGGCCUCCCUGACCUGCCACUGUAGAUGCUUUGGAAAGAAGAAAGGCACCACUUUCUCAGCAAGAAACAAGUCCUCUUCCUACCCUUGCAAAAAUAAUUGGUUUUGCCUAAAUCCCAAAUUGAGAAGGCUCUGGACGUUGUAACGUUCGUAAACUGCCAAAGUGGCCAUGAACUCUUCCCCUUCUCGUUAUUCCUGUGCAUGGAGUUUGUCCUCUCUUGCUGCUCUCGGACCCCAUCAAAUGUACCUGAACUGUCUAUCCUCCAUGGUGAGAGACGAGCCUGGUCACUGUUGCCAUUGUGGGUGACAGUUUUAUCAACUCAGCAGACUCAGAAGAGCAUCUAGCCAUGACCAACAAAAGAACUGCCCAGCUGAGCCGAGUCCCAACUGGGGAUUCCCACUUGAGAGGAGAAGUUUGGUACUCCUAUGUGUUCACUUAUCAUCAAGGAUAAACCUCUCACAUGUCAGAAUGUUUGGCCCUGAAUCAGUUACUCAUCCUUCACCUUCCUUGACAGACUUUUCAGUCUGCGUUAUUGUGGGGAGACAUGUGAUUGGGUGAAGUGACUAAAGAAGAUGAUGCUUGCUAUCCCAUAAUCCAGCCGUAGUCUAUUCUCUUACUGAUCGAUGUAUACCCUCUGAAGAAGGUCGGGCAGAAUUUCCUCAAGACUUUUCCAGGGCCGCCUGCCUGGAAUUCCAAAGUCUAUUCUGCUACCGUCCAUUGUUCUUCAUGGCAUUUCCCAAAAAGGUCCCAUGUGUGUGAUGUAAGAAGCUGCUGGGUGAGGGCUUGAGGGAUAAGCUGAUGUCACUGCUUGGAGGGGAACCGGCCUGCCAAAGGAUGUCACAGUUACUUUGGCCUGCCCUAGAUAGAACAGGAAGAUACUUCAGCCCAGCGCUGGCACUUCCAAGGGCUGGAAGACAAAAGCCAUAACCCUGGUGCUGAGUUUUAGACUUGCUAGUGUCCCUGGCCUCAGAAAGCCUAGGUCUGGUCUGUCUGUUUGGGCUCUAAAUCAAUAUGGCAAAAACAUCACUUCUCAAUCACCAGCUUUUGAUUUCAACUUGCUCAGGCACCUCUGAAGAAUACUGGAUAGCUGCGGUAGCUAUUGUUACACUGAGCACUAUGUCAGGCUUCUUUCCACCAAAGAGCCCCAUAGCACAGGCUACAGAGACCAAAUAGAUUGCUUUGUAAAGCCAGGGGGCAUGUGUGAGCUUGGUGAAAGCUGAGGGGGCAAUAGGAAAAACCUGUUAAAACUGGAAACAUAAAGUUCCAAGGCAAAAAGACUAUAGGCAGACAAUUUUUAAAAAAAUCAACAUAAAGAUGAUAACAGGCUUUUGAAAUAACUGGGAAAAGGGGAGGGGGCUCAGAUUGCUCUUUGUAGGGCUGCAUGAAUCAUUUUGAGUUUCCAGACCUUCAGCAGAGAGAGAAAGCAGUCGUUUCUGGGUGUGUGGAUAGGAGAUAAUGCUCCAUGGACAAGGCGAAGGUGGCUGUCCCCGGUGCCCUCGACUUUUCUUUACACAUCCCAAUAGUCUGUCCUGCAUAGGAAGUGCCUAUACAUAUUAGUUCCUUUCCUGUUUUCCUAGGGCAUAAAGUAAGUCUGGUAUAAGAGGUGAUCUCCAUCCACUUGAGUCCCUACAAUUUAAUAAGGAAGCUGAGACAUGCCCAAGAAAGGAUAAGAAUAUUUUAUGCAUAUGAAAGGAAAUAGUGCUAUGGAUAAAUUAUAAUAAACCCAGAGAUUUAAAUUUUUUAAAACUUAAAGGGGAAUAUUUUGAUAUUUAAGUGUUGUUGUUUGUCCAUCCAUCCCGUUUUUUUAGGACAGGCGCAGUGAUCUGCAAAGCCAGGCUGUGAAAAUCUGAACUGAAAAGAGGUGAAGGAGAACAGUGGAGAGGGAUGAGUGACAGGGGCCCUGGGGGGCUGGAGCUCCUGCCUUUGCCUGUGAGUCACAGCUGAGUCAGGGACAGGCCGGAGGAGGGAGCUGGAAAGCAGGUGGCUGGAGGUGUCCCGCGGUGCGGUGUCCCCGCACUGCUCAGAGUUCUCCUCUAGGGCAGGUGUAGACUCAUUAGGAGACAGAGGACAGGAUUCAGUUCUCCCACCCAAGCCAGCCUUGGGGAGCUCAGCACCUGCUCCUCCAGGCACGGAGGACAGCUUGGGGUGCAGGACUUGCACUAAUGUAAGAAGUUUCACACGGCAUUUCACCUCCUUUCUUAUGCGCUUGGCCUAGGGCUGGGCACACCAGGGUGAGAGGGGCUGGCGCUACAUAUAUAAAUCUGGUUAGAUCUGAAGCAGUCUUUGAGAGGAAAGAAGUAACGGACGCUGCUUUAGUUCAUCCACUCCCCGCCCCUUUUUAAAUAGACGGAUAAACCAUCACUCCCAUAAAUGAAGUCACAAACCUGUCCGAUCUUUAGAUUCCCAAUCUUUAGCCCUUUCCUGUUGGAUCUGCGUUUUCCAAAAUUGCCUGGCCAUAAGAAUUACUUGAAUUAGCAGAGGACCUGAGUUUGGUUCCCAGAACCCUCAUGGUGGCUCACAACUGUCUGUAACUCCAAUUCCAGGGGACCCGAUGAUCUCUUAGGGCAUCUGGGAGCAUUAUACUCACAUGAUGCACUCACAUGUAGGCAAAAUACUUACAACAUAAAAAUAAAUACAUUUUUAAAAAUUAAGAAAGGGGGCUGGAGAGAUGGCUCUGUGGCUAAGAGUACUGGCUGCUCUUCCAGAGGACCCACAUUCAUCUCAGCACAUGGUGCCUCCUAGCUCCAGUUCUAGGGGAACCGGUACCCUCUUCUGGCCUCUGCAGGUACUGCACACAUGUGGUGCACAGACACACAUGCAGGCAAAAUACACAUAUAAAAAAGAAGUAAUGCAUUUAAAAAUACUUGGUCAAAUAAAUUACUUGCCUGGAGGGCUGGCAAUGUGACCCGGGUUGGUAGUGCUUACAUAAUAUGCACAAAGCCCUGGGUUCAAUCCCUAAUGCUGUACAAACUGGGAGUAAUGGCACAUGCCUACUGUAAUCCCAACAUUUGGGAGGUAGAGGCAGGAGGUUAGAAGUUCAAGGUCAUCCUUGACUACAUAGUGAGUUCAAGGCCAGCUUGGGCUACAUGAUACUCUGUCUUCAAGAACCAAACAAUAAUAAAUCAAAACCACAAGGAUUACUUGACUGCCACUGUCAAGAAGUGUUGUUGGGCUGUGCCUUGGAGAAUAGAUGGGUCGAUCUGGGGUAAAGAUUUGGACUCUGGACAUGUAAUUUCAGAGAGCCCUGUGGUAGAUACCUUUGGGUAGUGUUACACUGAAUCAUAUCUCCGGUACACCCCAAACUGCUGGCCAUAAGUAUUGUUGGGACUGUGGAUUAUUUUAUUCAAAUACCAAGGUGAGAUGCUUCUGACUCCUUUGAGAGUGGCACUGAUGAGACACCCAGCAGUCUGGCUGUGACACUGGAGACUGGCUCGCCACCGUCCACCUGAAAGGAAGCAUUUAAAGGGAGAGUGUUGGAAGCCCUCCCCAGGAGCAUGCUUGAUAUGUUCCAACUCCCAGAAUAGUGAUGUGUUGUGACAGGCUCAGAUCAGACAACAGGAAUUACAGGUAAUUUUCUUAUUCCCUUGAUGCCAUCCUGAAUAAAACUUAGAUCGUGAAUAGAAAGAAAGGAGCCAUCAGGCAAAAUGGCAAAUGUAAAUCAUUUUUAAAGGGUACAAAUUAACAGCCUUGCUAAUAACAUAACUUUCAUUUUAGGACCGAAAGCAGGUGGAGAAAAAAAAUAAUAAAAUGUACAACAUUACCCCUUCCAAAAUCAGGUUUAAUUGCUGCCAGGAUUUUAUGGGAGUUUAGAAGUGAUGUGCGGAGUUUAGAAAUCAUCCAUAGAAGGUCUAAGGUCCUAGAAGCAAAAUAGUGCCUGGUUUCCACUGCCAGUACCCUACCUCCUAGCUGCGUGGGAUGAUCACUGCAGCUCAGAGGCCCCAGUUAGCAUCAAAGCUGAACAGAGAGAAGCCAAGCUGAGCUGCGUUCUUAAGCAGCUGCCUGCGGUUAGCAUUGCUGGGUGGUAAAGUCAGGUUUUAGUGCUAUGUGCAUUACAUUUGUGGUACAUUCUGUUUACAGACCAGUCCCACAAGCAUUCUCUCCUUUGUUCUUCACAGCAAACCCUGUGGUAGAGGCAGGUUAGGUGUCCUCCCAUUGGGCAGAGUGUGGAGCUGAGGCUGCGUAUGCCAAGUGACUCACCUGUUGCCUGAAAGGCAUUUAGAGUCUUUCGAUGGCCUUCCGAACUGUCUAGGGUUCUUUCAGAUCCCUGCAGUACUCACAGGCCCAGACUCCAGUUUAUUCUCUUCACAGCCGGAUGUGUAGUAAAGGAGAGUCCCAGUGGUGCGGAGAAGCCACGGAGACAGGCAUUUGCUACUUCAUCUAGCCCCAUGAUGUUUAGGAGUCUGCCCUGAGAGAGAGAAGUGUCUUGGCUGGGUGAGAGUUUCAUUCUCAGCACCAUGCUGUGAGGGGGGGGGGGCGAGGCUUUGACAGAUGUGUUUCGACUUUCUGGAUUCUUCUCAAAGGAAUUUCUAAGCCAAGCUACAGGUUCACCCAGGCUCAGAAUUCCAGAGUUGUGAGCAGGAGCCGACACCUUCACUAUAUUUUGAGAUUUUUUUUUUUUAUAGAGGUAGAACUGAGGAUCCAGAUCUAGAGGGAGACAAAAGUUGUAGCAGUUGAGCUGAAAGUCUGGUUAGAGUUUGAGGCGGAGCUAACUGGACAGGGCGGUCAAUGUGGUCUGACUCCUUUUAUCUAAAAGGCUGAGAAAGAUGCCCAGAGCUGCUCUCCUGCACGUUCAUGAACAGAGGUGUUACACUACUCCGUGAGGAAUUUCCUUGUGGGAAUAAAGAACGUGACAUUUGGACAGUGGGGGGACGAGAAGACGCCUGCUUCCCGGGAGUCACCCUGCCCAGUUGUUUCGUGCCUUGUCUGUGACAUGGAAACUGAAAUGUUUGUGUCACUGUUGUUACCCAUGAUGUUUUUUCCUAUGUCACAUAUACAAAGUGCAUUCAGUUGUAAUGUUUUAAAGUAAAUAAAGCAUUUUCAUCUACUUUUGUUAUACUCAA